GAGUACAAGUACUUCCAGAGAAUGACUAGCACAUCCCGUGUGGAAGGUAAACAGAACGCACUGAUAAUGGGUAAAAAAACCUGGUUCUCCAUUCCUGAGAAGAAUCGUCCUUUAAAAGACAGAAUAAAUAUAGUACUCAGCAGGGAGCUCAAGGAAACCCCAAAGGGAGCGCAUUACCUUUCCAAAAGUCUGGAUGAUGCUUUAGCUCUUGUGGAUUCACCAGAGUUAAAAAGUAAAGUAGACAUGGUUUGGAUCGUUGGAGGCACUUCAGUUUACAAGGCAGCAAUGGAGAAGCCAAUUAAUCAUCGAUUAUUUGUCACAAGAAUUUUGCAAGAAUUUGAAAGUGACACAUUUUUUCCAGAAAUCAACCACAAAGACUACAAACUUCUCACAGAGUACCCAGGUGUCCCUGCUGAUAUCCAAGAGGAGAAUGGCAUCCAAUACAAAUUUGAAGUGUAUGAAAAAGCUGUCUUGGCAGAGUAA